GUAAUUAAAUUGUGAUAAACUUAAUAAAUUUAAAAACAAUAUCGAAAACUAAAAAGCAAAAAAAAAAAAUACAAAAAUUUUACAAGAGCACCUUAUAAAACAGAAGUGUUUUUGGAUGAUUACAAAAAGAAAAGAAAAGAAAAAUAUUUUUUAUAACCUAUUCCAAAAAGAACAACGUAAAACAAUAAAUUCUUCAAGAAUAAAAAUAUUUUCUAAUUAAAUUAUAGGGGCUGAAUAUUUAAUUUUACAUAAUUAGCAUAAAACUGUAAAAGUUUUGAGAAUUUCGUGCAGGCAACACGAGCUAAAAAACCUUGGUGCUUAAAUUACGACAUGAAUAAAUUGGUUCUUCUACUUCUGAAACGAAACAUAAUUAUAAAAGAUUACAAAACGUAGAUGAUGUAAAAACUAAAGAAGAUCUAUGUAAAUCUUGUAAAUCACCAUCUAAUUUUUCUGAGUAUUGUGGGAAAACUAUGCUAGUCGCUGACUCUGGUCAUCAUACAAAACCAACAAAUUAUCCAAUAGCAAUUCAUUCAAGAAAAUGUUCCUCGUCAAGUAUAAUAUCGCUGUCGCCUUCACAAUCAUCAAUAUUAUCAGUGAAAAAAUCAAGUGCAAUAUCAUUGAAUAAUUCUUUAAAAAAGCUACCACCAAUUUCUUCCUUCUUUAAUAAAAAUUUAUUGCAAAAAGACUCUCUAUUAGAAUCGAAAGCAAUAAAUACGACUGUAUCAUCAUCAUUAUUGUCAGCAACGAAAUCUAUAACUGAUCCUAAAAAUGAAGAUAAAAAUUCAUCAUUACAGAAAGUGGUGACAAAUAAUUCAACUACAUUAAUAAUUCCUUCAUUUCGAAGUCAGCAUCAUGAAGAAUUUGCUGGUGAAUGUUCUACAUCUUCUAACAAUAAACAAAAAUCAACUGAGAUAUUACGGCGAUUAACACAAACAAAUACUAUACCUCCAACAAUAUCUCACCGUAUUCCAAAUAGUGACUCAACAUCUAAUGACAGUUUGAAUUUGGAAAUGUGCUAUUUUAAGCCAAUAAAACCGGUGCCAAUAACUCCAAAAAAGGGAAAUCUUGUCAUAAAAAGGCCAUUACCAAAACGUAUUAAACCCAAACGAAGAAAAUGUGAUGUAUUUAUAGGUCCAAAAAAAGGGCAAAUGCCCAUUCUGUUCUCAACUCUAACGGCAUUUAAAAGAUGUUCUGCAUUUUACUCAAAUAAUGAAACAACUGCACUUCAAUCGUCAAGUGUAAUUCCAGAACUAGAUCUGUAUCCUUUGGUUGAGAAUACAAACAAUAGCAAAAACAAAAUUAAAGACAAGCAAACAAAUAAUUUAAACCAAAAAGCCACUAAAGAAUAUAAGAACGCAUUUUAUUUAAAAAAAUGUCAGGUUGUUGUUAAACGUGAAUUUGGAAUUUGUUUUAAAAGUAAAUUAAAAGCGAAAUCUAAAAAUCGGUUAACUAAAAUAACUAAAAGAAAAGGUAAUUUAAAAAACUUUAAAACAAAUGUUCAUGGUUUUAGAGGUUUCAAAUCAGAUUUGGAUAAAACACACGCAGAUACGAUUAACAAUGAAGAAGUUUUUAAUCUUAGAAAUAAUAAGCGCUUUAAAGGAAAUAAAAAUUUGUCUAACAAAAUUGAUGAAGCUAUCGUAGUUAAUGAAGAAGAAAUUACAAACACUAGAAGAAAACUAAGAUCUAGAGAUACUAGCGUUACAAAAAGUAACUACAGACUAAGCACUGAUAACUUUGAAUCACAAAAUUCUAGUAAAAGUGAAAUUAAAUUUACACCUAAAGGGAAUAAAACAAAAGCUGCGAAAAAAGGAAAUAUUAUUAAAACUUCAAAGAAAAAUUUAAUUCCAAAUGAAUCUGAAUAUUUCAGUGAUAUUGAUGUUUCAGAAAAAAAUAAACCAAAGUCAACAAGAGCUUCAAGAUCAAAAAAAGUUAACUCUCAAACAAAUUCGAAAUUGAAUUCUUUACGUUUUAAAAGAAUAAAUAGUUUAGCUCUGGAUAAAAUUGUUGAUUGUUUUAAUGUUCAAAAUAAAAACUUGGAUGAAACUGGUUUGGAAGAAAAUAAUUUGGGAUGUUUUAAAGAAUCAACUAAAGUUCUUAGAGCAAAAAGAAAAUGUAAUGAGAAUGCUAUAACAGAGGCCAAUUCAAGUAUUUCGAAUGAAAAUAAAAGCAAACGUGGUGGUAAAAACGAAGAUACCUUAGAAGAAAACAAAUUGGAAAGUGAUAUUAAUAUUACUAAAAAAUUUAAAAUUGAGGCAAGUAAUGAAACAAACUUACAACGAACUACACGAUCUAAAGAAAAAGAUGAAUUAUUAAAAUCUGAUUAUGAAUUUGCACUUAAACUUCAAAUGGAAUUCGAAGCAGAAAUUUUUCCAAUUGAACCGGUAGCAAAUCGUACAAGAAAUACAAUUAGCAGAAUGAAUUUAACAUGUAAUGAAAGUGAUAAUUCAUCAUCAAUACCGGAAAUGACUUCAAAACAAAUUAAUUCGAAUUAUAAUGACAGAGAUAAUCAACAAAGUUUACAAACAAAAUCUAAUUAUGCGAGCACUAGUAUUAAUAGAAAUUCAAAUGAUUUAAAUCUUGAAAAAAUGGAAAAUAAUUAUAAAAUUGAUGAUAAAGCAAAUGUAAAUUUAAAAAGAAAUUUGAAACUUAGUAAGACUGGUAAAAGAAAUUUGAAGGAAAGCAAAUCAAAAUCUGCAAAAAGAUUUUUCGUUCCUUUGAAAGGUUAAGUUAUCGUAAAAUUGAUAUAAUAUGAUAAUGACAUAAAUUAUUGUAUAAUUUAUUAUAAUUAUCCUUUAUUUUUUGUUUAAGUUUGGUUAUUUUAACACAAAAUAUGAAUUUUAUAGAUUUUGUUUUUAUUAUAAUUUUCUAUUAAUAUUAAAUUAUUAUUUGUAGUUCGAAAAUAGUUUUUACUUUGUAUUUUUUAUGUACAAAUUUCAAUAAGUAGACACGUAUAUAUAUUUUACUAAUAAUUUAAAUUAAGUGGAUAGUCGUAUUUUUUUUAGGCUGAAUAAAAAUUAUAUUGUAUGAAUAAUGAAAUUUUGGACAAUUUUAGAAAUUAAAAUUGUAAUUAAGAAUAUUAUAUAAUUAGAGUGAUUAAAAUAUUAUAAUGAAAAGGAUUAAUGUUUUUUAGUAA